UUAAUAACGUGCGCGAUUAUCAUUGGGCCAUUUCCAAUAGUAUAGCACAAAUUUGACAUUUAUUCUUCCCCCCUCUCUCUCUCUAGGGUUACACCUCUUUCUCUGUCUGUCUCGCCGGUCGGCGACCAUUAACGGAAAAUCCCUAAUUUUCCGAUAACAUUCCCGACCUCCGAUUUUCCAUUUUCCAACUCCUCUCCUGACUCUCAAAUAAAUUUCAUCUUCCUAUUAAAACGGUGUUUACUGGAUGCAAGAUAAUUUUGAAAAAGAAUUGGAGAGAUAUAAGAAUUAGAUAUAGACAAGGGAUUGUGCGUGGCUAAGAAAGAAAAAUGGCAAGUCAAGGAGGAUCUUCCAGGAAAAGUAUGACAAAUUCAUCUUCAAUGCCUGCAAGAAAGAAAACACCUGAUAAUGGUUUAAACUCCUCCGAUUCUACCCGCAAAUCCUUCGCUUUAUCUCGCCCGGGGGGACUAACGGGUGAGCGAACAGUAAAGAGGCUGCGUUUGUCUAAGGCCUUGACAGUACCCGAUACGACAACUAUUCACGAGGCUUGUCGUCGUAUGGCUGCUCGUAGAGUUGAUGCCUUGUUGCUUACUGACUCUAAUGCUUUACUUUGUGGUAUCCUGACUGAUAAGGAUAUAGCAACGAGAGUUAUUGCGCACGAGCUUAAUCUUGAGGAAACGCCUGUGUCUAAAGUAAUGACUAGGAACCCGCUUUUUGUUCUUUCCGACACUCUCGCUGUUGAAGCUCUCCAAAAGAUGGUCCAAGGAAAAUUUAGACACUUGCCUGUUGUGGAAAAUGGAGAGGUCAUUGCUUUACUUGACAUUGCAAAGUGCUUAUAUGAUGCUAUUGCUCGUUUGGAAAGAGCAGCUGAGAAGGGGAAGGCUAUUGCUGCAGCUGUCGAAGGUGUAGAAAAGAAUUGGGGGACAACUUUUUCUGGACCUAAUACAUUUAUUGAGACACUUCGAGAACGGAUGUUUAAGCCGUCACUGUCUACAAUAAUUCCAGAGAAUUCAAAGGUCGUGACAGUCUUACCAACUGAAACGGUUUUGGCAGUGACAAAGAAGAUGCUUGAAUUAAAGACAAGUUCUGCAAUGGUGAUUGUUGAUCAGAAACCACUUGGAAUUUUAACCUCAAAGGAUAUCUUGAUGCGUGUGAUAGCACAAAAUCUUCCCCCAGAUUCCACUUUGGUUGAGAAGGUUAUGACUCCUAAUCCUGAAUGUGCAACCCUUGAUACACCAAUUGUAGAUGCUCUGCAUACUAUGCACGACGGGAAAUUUUUACACCUUCCUGUUGUAGAUAGAGAUGGAAAUGUAGCUGCUGUUGUUGAUGUAAUUCAUAUCACUCAUGCUGCUGUCGCCACAGCUGGAACUACUUCUGGAGUAAAUAAUGAGGCUGCAAGCACAAUGAUGCAAAAGUUUUGGGAUUCUGCUAUGGCCUUAAGUCCCCAUGAGGAUGAUGAGGACACUCGGAGUGAAGGUUCCUUGAAAUUGCCUUCUGAAGGAGAGACGGGGAGAUCUCUUUCCUAUCCAAAUACAUUUGGUUUCAAAAUUGAAGACAAGAAAGGACGAAUGCACAGAUUUAUUUCUGAUACUCGAAGUUUGACAGAGCUAAUAACAGCAAUCCUUCAGAGGCUUGGGGAUGACAUUGACCGUAACCAUUUACCUCAAAUUCUGUAUGAAGAUGAAGAUCAUGACAAAGUUGUUCUGGAAUCAGAUAGUGAUCUCGUUACAGCUGUAGAACAUGCAAAAUUAGCUGGUUUUAAGGGUCUGAGGCUGCAUUUAGACUAUUCUGGCGUACACGGUCCUAGGGGGCGUUCAAGUUCAGGAGAUUUGGCCUAUGCUCAAAAGGAUGCAUGGGCUGCAGCUUACAGCGGUGUUGCAGCAGGUGCAGCUCUGGUUGCUGGAUUAGGCGUACUAGCAUACCUACGAAGAUCUGGCAAUUAAUGUAUCUGAAAUUUACCAGAGUUCAUACAAACUAAUUUUACCUGACCAAAAAUAGAAUCAUUUGGGACGGCAUUUCUUGUGCUUCGAUUUCUGUUUUUGCAGAACAAAAUUGUACAAGAAAGAUGAACUCAUUUUACUUGGUGGAUACUGCACGCUUCACGUCUACUGGCAGCUGCUGCUGUGUAAUUCUUUUCUGUUAAAUUGAUUUUUGGUGGUGUAUAGAAAAUAAAAUGCAAGAAUUUACGGGCACUGUAAAUCUCAAUUGUAACAGUACCAUUGCUACUGUAAUUUCUGCUUAAAAAGUGUUCUGAAAAUGAGAAACAAAUUUGUGUUCA